UGUUUUAUAUCAGGUGUUUUAAAUACUGUCUUGAAUAUAUAUAUAUCUUUAAAUAUACAUGUUUGUUUGUUUGUUUGUUUUCGUUCAGGUUUAAAUAUAUUAAGUCACGUGACGCUAGCUGUAGGCAAAUCGGUUUGUUUCUGCAGAAGUGAAAAUGAAAGUAUUUUUUACAGACUGCUCUGUUGAAGCAACAAGGUGAACCAAGACAUUUCAAUGAAUAAUCAAAAUGGGAGAAUUCCAGAAAAUGAUUAUUUACUUUUAUGUGAUUGGUGUCGUGAGCAGCGUUCAGCAGAUACCAUGGCUGUCAUGUCAGUUCACUGACGAACGUGUGUCUUUAAACAAUGAAGGACACAUUGAGACACAGCUCAUCCACAGAGAGGCGAUGGUUCAGUUUGGUCAAAAAGGAGACGCUCCUGUUAAUCCUCACGCCAUCACCUUUCUUAUCACUGUUUCUAAACUGGACCUGCAGCGGUCCAUUGAAGGGGUGGAAGCAGAGGAUUUGGAGUGUGAGGUCCGUCGGUACAGCACAAAGGGCAUCCAUGUCCGCUGGCCGGCCCUGGGGGCAGAGGGCUACAACUACUGGUUCACCUGCAUCCUCAGACACAGGAAGGAACAGUUCAUCGUCACUGCUUUCCUCAGACAACCGUCUGACCAAACUCCUCCAGGACAGCAGGACUUCCACAGCUGGCCGGCCAUAGCCGACCGCGAGGUACUUACCACCACAGUUGCCAUGUUCCUCAAAUCAGAGACUCCCUCUGCAAAAGUCAGACUGCUCUCGCAGCCGAAACUUCACUGUCAGUUCAGCAUCGACCACCGAGGCCCAAACGUCACCGUGGAGUGGCACUGGCAGUCCCGCGGAGAGAGGAAGAAGCUCUUCAGCUACAACAGCCGCUCCGGGGAGAUCCAUGGCUCUGGGGUUGGGAGGAAGGCUCUGGCUGGGGGAGAUGCCUCCUACACACUCCCCGUCACCAAGAUGAGCAGCGAAGGAAGCUACAUUUGUUCUGUGUCUGUGAACCCGCUUUUCGCCACCAUGGAUCUAAACCUGCACAUUGAAGAGAGUCCUCGGGUCUCCUUGAAUGUGGGUCCCACUUUAGUGCUGGAGGAGGGUAAAGAGCACAAGGUUGUUUGCCUGGCAGAGAACUACUAUCCUCUGGACGUGGAGAUCCUCUGGCGUGAGCAGGACCCCGCAGCGUCGGGUCAAAGAGUCGGAGCUCCUCUGCCUCGGGAACUCAAAAACAUUCUGUUCUCCAGCCACAAACACAACCAGGACCAGACCUACACUCUGUCGGCUUUCUUUUACCUCAAGGCUUCGCUGAAGUCAUCUGGAAAGCAGUUCUCCUGCAGCGUUUCCCAUCCCUCGCUCAGGGUUCCCAUCAAGAAAAGCUUCAUCCUUCAAGUUGAAGAAGCCACCAGCCCCAUGUUUUACCUGGCUGUCACCCUCGUUCUGAUCAGUCUGUUGGGAGUUCUGAUUGUGAUGCUGCUGUACCUGAACUCAACAAAAAGACGAUCAAAUAAACCGUACUGAGAAGUCGUGACGUCACCAAGAGAAUGAAGGAACUGUCCGACUCCCUGCUGCCUCACUGGCAUCUGCACUAAUGGUUGUUUACUUGUAUGUUGUUUGUUUUCAGGUGAUUUUGGGUUUCUGUGAAACUUUGUUAUCAUCAUUUAGGGCAGUUUUAUUCUCAUUUUAGACUCUUUUUAAUCUCCUUUAGCCAAAAUCCUGGUGCCUGUUCUGUUCACAUGUUCCGGUUUGAUGAUGAUUUAUUUUUUUACCAAAGACAAGAAAAAAAUAAUUCUGCAGAAAUGAGGAAAAGUCAACAGAGGCCGUUUGAAUCCACUUUAUCUUAUUAUCAAACUUUUUCAGAGAAGAGAACUUCAACAACUUCAAAUCAAGGAAGACCAAACAGAUCAUGUAAAAAAACUUUAAUGACUUUUAAUUUAACCUCUUCACGAUUUUCUUAAAAACCUGUCAGCUGCUCCUCUUUCACAACAAAGAACUCUUCAUAAUAAUCUGUCGUCAAUUUGUUCAUCACAUGUUCCUCCUGUAGGAAUGGAACCACAAACGCUUCAGUUUUAAACUCAUAAGAUAAACUUUUUUCUUAAUUUUUCAGUUUUAGAAAGUAGAGUAUCAGAAGAGACAAGCGAACAUGGAUUAAUGUGGUUCUUGAUUGACUUUAAAUUAAAAGUAAAUGUUGUGAAUGUGUGGGGAGGUUGAUUAAACUGACACUAAACAGAAGUCCAUCAUCAAGACUUUACUGUUAACAAAUUAUUUUUUAAUAAAGUUUAAGAGAUAAAACUCCAGACAGAGUUGUGUCCAUGUUUAUUUUUUCUGAGUAAUCAAUAAUGACAAAAAACUUUGAUCCUUAGAUUAAACAUAAAAAUCUGGACAGUACAGUUGACCUCAAAACUUUGAAAAUUUGAAUCUUUAAUUCCAGAAACGACUUGCAGAACAAACACGUAAAAUAUUAGCAACAUUUGGGGGGAAAAAUGUUUUGUUUUCAUGGAUAAAAAGAGGAUUAUAAAUAAAGUUGAUUAGUAAGAGUCUGAAAAUAUUUAAUAAAUGUUAAAAUCUGGAUCAUUUAUGAUGAAAGGCAAUAUUGAUCAAGUGUAGCAAACUACUGAUGAAAGUAAAAAAAAAAAAUCAGAUAUUGUUACUGAUGGAUUUGUGAAAAAAAAAAA